CCCGGAGUUUCCUCCCCGCCCACUCUUCGGACUGCUCGCGCGCGCGCAGGGGCGGAGGGGUGAGGGUGCCCCAUAAAAAAGCGCUGCAGCGGCGUCCGGACACCCGCCGAGCUCGCCCACCACCCCAACAGCGCUCGCACCAUGCACGUGAACGGCAAAGUGGCGCUCGUGACCGGCGCGGCGCAGGGCAUCGGCAGAGCCUUCGCAGAAGCGCUGCUGCACAAGGGAGCCAAGGUCGCGCUGGUUGACUGGAACUUGGAAGCAGGUGUAACGUGUAAGGCCGACCUGGACGAGCUAUUUGAACCUCAGAAGAGUAUUUUCAUCCAGUGCGAUGUGGCCAACCAAGAACAACUGAGAGAUACAUUUCGAAAAGUUGUAGACCAUUUUGGAAGAUUGGACAUUUUGGUUAAUAAUGCUGGUGUGAAUAAUGAGAAAAACUGGGAAAAGACUCUGCAGAUUAACUUGGUGUCCGUCAUCAGUGGAACCUAUCUUGGCUGGGAUUACAUGAGUAGACAAAAUGGAGGUGAUGGUGGUGUCAUUAUCAACAUGUCCUCUAUGGCAGGACUCAUGCCAGUUGCUCAGCAGCCUGUUUAUUGUGCCACAAAGCAUGGCGUCAUUGGAUUCACACGUUCUGCCGCGAUGGCUUCUACUCUGAUGAGCAGUGGUGUCAGAAUGAACGCAAUUUGCCCUGGUUUUGUGAACACACCCAUUCUCCAGUCCAUUGAAAAAGAAGAAAACAUGGGACAAUAUAUAGAAUAUGCAGAUCAUAUUAAGGACAUGAUGAAAUUCUAUGGGAUUUUGGACCCAUCGAUGAUAGCCAAUGGAUUAAUAAGACUCAUUGAAGAUGAUGCUUUAAAUGGAGCUAUUAUGAAGAUCACAACUUCGAAGGGAAUUCAUUUUCAAGAAUAUGAAACAACACCCUUUAAUCCAAAAACUCAGUAGAAUCUCUUCUCUAAGCAGAUGAGUACAAAAGACUUACCUUCAGGCCAUUUUUUUUUUUCAUUUGAAUAUUGCUUUUAAACUGAAAUGUUCUUGGCUGAAGCAUUUGUUCAUGCAUUUGAUGUUAUUUUUUAAUUAUUAAUUAAAUAUAUGAAUGAACUAAUAAUUUGCUCUAAAAGAGAAGGGCCAGAGCUUCAUGUUGAUCUUGAGUCUAACUAAAGCCAAAGAUAUGCAAGGAAUAUUCUGCCUUUCAGAAAAUGUAUUUAAAUUCAUGGCUCAUAAUUAUUGUUUUUGAACGAUCUUUUAAAAGAUACUUGAAUUGUUAUUUAAAUCAAACCAGAUGUUUAAAAAAGCUCAUUUUUUUCUCUGUUGGCACUUUAAAA